GCAGAACUUUGCCUGUGAGCUGGUUGGACGCCGGCCAGUGCACAGGAAUCGCUGAACCCGAGCGCUUCCGAGACACUGAGAGGUGGGCAGCCAUCCGAGAAGCGCCGCGGUAAACAACAGCAAGGUGAGUCAUAUCAGGAAUUCACGGCUCCGUUAUUUGGAUGAUGCUGUGAUGUCACCUAGAACGCCAAAAACUUGGAUUGCUGCCUCAAUUUGACGCAAUGAAGAUUACAAAGCAAUGACGAUGACUAAAGUCACAACAGGAAUAUGGGAAUAGUUUGACUGAAGGCGAUUUGCAUUAUUCUUUGUUAAAGUGUGGAUGAACACAAAUGUGCGCCAUACAUUUAAUGUCUGCGCAUGGAACUUCGCCGCUCCCAUUGAAACUCUUCAAGCAGCAAUUCGCGAGGAUAACCAUUUCACGAAAGAUUUGACAGCACAUUGGUGUCAUUGUUGAAAGCCUGUGACAUUCACGCGUAAUCUGGCGAAUAAUUCAAACAUCGUUUAAAAAAAAUGCCCCUUGAUGCUCUUAGAAUCUGUCCCUCAACUUAAGUAGCCUAACUGGAAUUGUGUGCGCCACAUGAACGGGUACAUACACAGACUGUCUCGGAAAGAACGGUGAACAUGGUAGUUGUAUAGCACGUUACCCAGAGGACGCCCAUGAGGAUCUAAUACGAGCGUGGCGGACUGUGAGGAGCUUCCCCCGACGAUGCGAGACGGGGCACGGGACGUGCAGGUGAACUCCUCUCCGGCGGUCGCGUCCAACGCGGAGGGAGAAGAGAUCGAAGUACUGGAAAGCACCGAUGUCCUCCCCGUGGCCCCGGAGGAUCAAUGGAAAUCUCUUUUUGACAAGUAUGACCCCGAGAGCUCAGGCUUCAUUAGCACCGAGCGCUUCCGGGACCUUCUGGCCGCCCACGGCUCCGAGCUGGACCCCCACAAGCUGGAGGUGCUGCUGGCGCUGGCCGACGCCAACGGGAAGAUCUGCUACCAAGACUUUGUGAACCUGAUGAGUAACAAGCGCUCCAACAGUUUCCGGCGGGCGAUCCUCCAGGGCAGCCGUCAGCUGAAGGGGGCGUCGCUCAGGGAGGAGGGGGGCCUGGGCCUGUCCCAGCGGCUGGUGCGCCACAUCGCCUACGAGACGCUGCCCCGCGAGGUGGACCGCAAGUGGUACUUCGACAGCUACACGUGCUGCCCGCCGCCCUGGCUCAUCCUGGCCAUCACCAUCGCAGAGGUGGCAGUCUUCAUGUACUACGGGCUGGUGCUGGACCGCUGGGUCCUGCAGGUGUCGUCUCCAGGGUUCUUGAGGGGGCCGCUGCCGUACCACCCCCGCCUACGGGCACAGGCCUGGCGCUUCCUCACCUACGCCUUCAUGCACACGGGGAUUGAGCACCUGGGGCUGAACAUGGCCAUGCAGCUGCUGGUGGGGGUGCCUCUGGAGAUGGUGCACGGGGCGCUGAGGAUCGGCCUGGUCUACGUGUGCGGCGUCCUAGCAGGGUCUUUGGCCGUGUCUGUGACGGACAUGACGGCGCCGGUGGUUGGCUCAUCUGGAGGAGUCUAUGCUCUGGUGUCGGCACAUCUAGCCAACAUCGUCAUGAACUGGUCGGGGAUGCAGUGCCAGUUUAAGCUCUUCCGCAUGGCCAUGGCCCUAGUUUGCAUGAGUGUGGAGUUUGGCCGUGCCGUGUGGCUCCGGUUCUACCCGCCGGCGUUCCCGCCCUGCCCCAACCCCAGCUUCGUGGCCCACCUCGGGGGCGUGGCGGUGGGCCUGACCCUGGGCGUGGUGGUGCUCCAGAACUACGAGCAGCGUCUGCAGGAGCAGUCGCUCUUCUGGAUCUUCUUCUGCGUCUACACGCUCUUCAUCAUGUGCGGCGUCUUCUGGAACGUCUUUGCGUACGGCCUGCUCGACGUCAAGCUACCUCCUCCACCGUGACGCGUCUCGCGCAGACAGACAGACAGACAGACAGUGCGCACAGUCAAGCCUAUCAGCUCCUGAGCACAAAAUCUCUGUGUGCUGUUAUGCCACUCCAAUGCCAAGUACCUCAUCUGUAUUGAAUUAGCACACAGUCUGCAGCAGCGCCUGUUAUGUUCGUGCCUCCUCCAGCAGCUUUAGGACACACAGAGGGAUCCAGCUGAAGUGAAGACGUCCUGGACUUGUAGCCCAAAGGGUUCCGCACAAGUCAAGCCAAACAAGAGUGGUGUCUGACAUGUAAACCAAGUACUAAUGUGGUGAAUACUGAAUAAUCUGUUGUGAAAUACUAGACUGACGUGGGUAGAAGUGUCUUGAUGCAGCUUUCGCGGUAUGUUUUAUGUAGCCGUCAUUCCACUCCAAAGACCCAUUCGCUACAUAGUGUUGAAAAAUCUCCAUAUAUGUGUUUCUCUCCAUAUAUGAGUGUGGAUUUCUGAGGUGUUGUGAGAACACGGAACACUUCUUUUUUUUCUGUGAAAAGAGAGUCGAAAUAUAUAUUUUUGUAUAAAUGAAUAUAGCAUGCCAAGAAACAUAGCUCUGCUUUACAAUGGAGUGUUGCCAAUCUCAUACAGACAACAUAGCUCAUGCACGUGUCACCCGUGCUUCUGGUAAUAUGAACACCAACCGGUUACAAGACACCACCGUUUUCAUAUAUGCCCCCACUUUUUGUGGGGGCAUAAUUAACCUAUACAUAUUUAUGUUACUCAGUCCCAUACUACAUACUUAGUUGGAGUAAAUGGUUUGACAUGCUGUAUUGUACGUGGGAGUUCAUCUCCCUCCCCUGAAGUUAAUCACAUGUUACGAGUUAAUCUCCCUCCCCCUGAAGUUAAUCAUUUUCCCCUGAAAAAAAAAUGAUGUUGAUCUAUGGAAAUCUGACUUAAUUGCCUUUUUCUGAUGUAGACUGUGUAAACGUUAGCACACUGUCUCCCUCACAUUUUUGACUUGAAUUGUAACACUAUGCUGUGUGCAAACCUAUUUAUACUUUGUUGAGUCAAUGGCAUGUGAUUGUGUGAGGUGACCCGUUAGUGUAGUGAGUGACACUAAAAUGUGUUGGAUACUCGUCAGUGUUCUGUGACAAGGUGCUAAGGUUAUAACAAAGGUGUCAUUCACAAUGGAUGCACAAUGUCUUAUAAAACUACUCGAGAAAGCUGACCUCAAUGUAGACUGGAGUCAAAUGUGUGGCUUAAGUAUUUAGAGGACUACAUACAGUACAUGUGAAGAAGAGCACAAUGGCUAAGCUAAGACUUCCCUUUUGAUUGUUCUGGUUGGAAACUGAAAAGCACUACAAACUCAUACCUCAAAUACUUAAGCAGACAUUUGAUGCAAGUCUAGCUCGCCUCAAAGGCUCCAUAUACAGGCCUUUGACCUCAUUAAUAGCUAAGGUAUCUGUACUCUGAUCCAUAUGAAUACAUUAUGGUAAUAAAGUAAUAUUUUAACGUACUGCAAAUGUUUGGUUUUUAUUAAUAUGCUAUGUUCUGUCAUAAUGAUAACUGUAUUCUGUGAUGAAUAUAAAACAGUGUUGGAGACUGAGCAUUUUACAU